AUGACAUUAUUCUUUAAUAUAUUUAGAAAAUUUACAAAUAUAUUAACAUUAUAAUUAUUUUUUAUUUUUAAAUAUCUUGAUUUUUGUUGUGUUGGAUUUAUUCAAUAGAGAAAUCAAUACAUUCGCAUCCAAAAUCAUUCUAUUCAUACUAUUCACAUGUAUAACUUAUAUUUUUUAAUGUGUUACUAGAUUAGUUCAACCAAUACAAUUAUUAAUAUUGUGCGUUUUCGAACUGACCUAAGAUAAAAACUUAAUUUAAAACGCUUCUAAUUUUCGAAAUAUGUGA